CCGCGUGGAGAGGGGGGGUGACCGCUGCCGGGCAGCGGUUCCCCGUGGGUGGACCCGGCCCCCUCGCCACGCCUCCCGCCGCCCCGGACAAGCAGCAGCUCCACCGGGCUACGGUACGGUACGGCACGGUACAGCAGGGCGAGCACCAGCGGGGACGGAGGCCAGGGAGACCCGCCGGCCAUGGCAGGAAAAGCUCACAGGCUGAGUGCGGAGGAGAGAGAGCAGCUGCUGCCAAACCUGAGAGCCGUGGGGUGGAACGAGGUGGAAGGCAGAGACGCCAUCUUCAAAGAGUUCCACUUCAAGGACUUCAACCGGGCCUUUGGCUUCAUGACCAGAGUGGCUCUACAGGCAGAAAAACUAGAUCACCACCCCGAAUGGUUCAAUGUGUACAAUAAGGUUCACAUCACCUUGAGCACCCACGAGUGUGGAGGCUUAUCGGAGCGAGACAUCAACUUGGCCAGCUUCAUUGAGCAGGUUGCAGCUUCUCUCUCCUGACUAGAGACACACACAUGAAGCCAAAAAAAAAAAAAUAAAAAAAAAUCAACUCUUGCCGCUGCUACAACCCGCAUCUCGCCUGGAUGGCUGCACCUAGAGCCUUCUCCCGCUUCCAAACUAAUUCCCAGAGCCAGACUGCCUAACGCCACGCCAAAACCCCCUCCCACUGCAGCUGAGAUGGAUGGAGGCACUUCUUGGGCACCGUACGUAUAUCCAGCUCUGAUCUUGCCGCUUCCAUUCUUAAACCCCUUCGGUUAGCUGCGCGCUACCAGCCCACAAAUUGCUGAGCCUCUGGGGCUUUCAGCAGAGGUGCCCUUUUACCAGGAGCCAUGUUACACAAUUGCACCAGUGCAUCUCUCCAGAGCCAGACCCUGUCCCGCUACUGUGUUACUGCUCCUUACCUACCGGAAUAUGUUUUCUACCCAAAACGUGGUACGUGAACCCUUUGGUUUCUCCAUACCAUACCAGCAACUGUGAUGUGCAAUCUGGUUAUUACUGUAACCUCUUUCUAGCAGUAUUAGAAGCAGGCAUGUGAUCUCAUCCCUAUUGUAACCGGCCCUUAGUAGGAUACCAACUGAAAAUGUUUACAAUAAAGUUCUUGGUUAACCUGA